AUGUCGGAGGAACCCGUAAAAAAAUACCUAAGUGGUUCGGAAAAACGUAAAAAGCGGCUGGAGCAACAAAACAAGCAUGAUGAACUAUUAAAGAAAACACAAAACCUUUUCCAACUCGGAUUUAGUCGCCAAUCAACAGAAAAUCAACCUUCACCUAGUACAUCUGCAGUGUCCGCUAGCCAAAAUACGAGUUUGGUGGUGGAACCAAUGGAGAUUCCUUGCGAGUGCUCUGAACAGAAUAACCAGGAUCAAGAAACAGCUACUUUUGCUGGUGCCGAGGAACGUGAGACCGAGGCCGAGGUUCAAUUACUACACCAAAACGUAGUCCAUCUAGGUGUAGAAUGCCAGAAUGACAUUGGCUUGUGGCAAAAUAUUACUAGCGAAAUACAAGAUUAUUGGUGCACUAGAAAUCCUGACGAAUGCCUACACUUUGAGAGUGAUUUUUCUGCUUCAAGCCGACAAUACGACGAUAGCAAUAGAUUUUUUUCUCAAUCAAUGUUUUUUCGUACACAUAUAAGUGGUGGUAAAAUUAAACGGGAGUGGCUCAUGUAUUCUCCAUCUACUGGAAAAGUAUACUGUUUUCCAUGUGUUCUUUUUGGUGGAGUUCAAAGGCAAUCGCAAUUUCAAACAGGAUUUUCUGAUUGGAAAAAUGCGUCGCCUAGAAUUCAAUCCCAUGAGAAUAGUGCAACGCACCGAGAAUGUGUACAGACACUGAUUAGUAGACGGCGUGUUCAAGGCCGAAUCGACACCUCUUUGGAAAUCACAUUCAACAAAGAAAGAGAAUAUUGGAUAAAAGUUUUACAAAGAGUGGUUUCGGUGAUUAAAUUUUUAGCAUCCCGUGGAUUGGCAUUUCGUGGCGAUGAUGAAGUUAUUGGCUCUCAAAAUAAUGGCAACUAUUUAGGAAUUUUAGAAUUAAUUGCGGAGUACGAUCCGUUCCUUAGUUCGCAUUUGGCAAAACAUGUUAAUGUUGGAAAAGGAAAACAAUCAUAUUUGUUUUCAACAAUUUGCGAGGAACUUAUUGAAAUAUUGGGAAGUAAGGUUUUAAAAUUUAUUGUUAACGAAAUUUUUGAAGCCAAAUAUUUCUCAAUAAGCGUCGAUUCGACACCUGACAUAUCUCAUAUCGAUCAGUUGACUAUAGUGCUGAGAUACGUUUCGUCGAAUGGAGAAGUAGCAAAACGUUUUCUUACAUUUAUUCCUAUCGUAAGUCAUAAAGGGGAAGAAAUAGCUGCUAAAAUUAAAAAUUUUUUUAAACAAUAUAACAUUGAUAUAAAAAAUGCGAGAGGUCAGUCUUACGAUAAUGCUUCGAAUAUGUCUGGUUGUUACAAUAUUCUGCAGGCGCAUAUUAAGAAAAUAAAUCGUCUCGCACACUACGUUCCAUGUGCAGCGCACUCACUGAAUUUGGUUGGAGUACGUGCUGCGGAGAGCCGCGUUGGAGCAAUCUCAUUCUUCGGAUUUGUACAGGGAUUGUACAACUUUUUUUCGGCGUCAACUCAUCGUUGGAGAAUUAUGCUUGAAAAUCUCGAAAAAGAAGAUGAAUGUAAAAAAUACUCGUCUUUAGUUCUGAAAAAUGUGUCCGACACGAGGUGGUGUGCAAGAGACGAUGCGGCUAAGGCUUUGUCAAAAGGCUAUAAGAGUUUUCAGAAAGCUUUGCAGUCUAUUGCUAACGAUGAGACUCAGACAUCGCAAGUGACUCACGAGGCUAGAUGUUUAUUAAAGGAAUCUGAAAAAAAAGAAAAUGCCGUAAUGACAAUAUUCUGGGCUGCCAUACUGGAUCAAAUCAAUGGUGUCAGCAUAUCUUUACAAAAACCAACUAUUGAACUUCGAACAGCAGUUGAUCUUUUAAAAUCGCUUUUAGAUUUUUUGCUUUUACAGAGGGAAUUAUUUGAUGACUACGAGAUAAAGGCAAAUGAAAAAACUGAUACCGAAUACACUGUGCUCCACGCUGUCGUGGCGAAAUUCGAGCAGCAGCUGGAACAGGAAGGAUAUGCUGUGGGCACCUUCUUGGACAUAGAGGGUGCCAUCGGCAAUACUCCAGAAUUCAUCUGUCAAGAGGCUUAA